AUGGUUGCACAUGUGGCCAAUGGCAUUGCGCAGGCACUUGGGGCAGCAGUUGUUGCCCUUCAAACAGCCCCAUCGCCACCAAGUCUGAUGGUGCUGCAGGGCCGCAAGACCUGGCUGACUGCAGAUGGUCUGGAAAAAACAGCUGGGGAAGGGUGGAGCUACUUCAGCUCCAGUCUUUACUACGUCUCUACUGAGGAGAAGAUCUGGACUGAGAGCAGAAACGACUGCAGAAAGAGAGGAUCAGACCUGGUGAUCAUCAACAGCAGAGAAGAACAGGUCUUCAUUAACAGAUUGAGAAAACGUCAGUGGAUUUGGAUUGGUCUGAGUGACGGUGAAACAGAGGGGGUCUGGAAAUGGGUGGACGGAUCAGAACUGAUCACUGGGUUCUGGAAAACUGGACAACCCAAUAAUUAUAGAAAUGCGGACUGUGUUUUUUACGGCUUUGGGUCUGAUCCUGUUAAGAACUGGGCUGAUUAUCCCUGUAAUAGUGAUUUAAUUUGGAUCUGUGAAAAGAGAAUAUAAAGAGUCUGUAUUGUGUGAGAAGUGUGUAAUUAUAUUAAUUUUCUUGG